AUGGCGUCGGUUUCGCCACCCAAACCGUGGGAGAGAGCAGGCACUGCUGGUGGGAACGCAUUAUCCUCCACACCCACUGCUGGUAGCCCAGCUGCCUCAACCGCAAUGAUCACGGCCUCAACGUCUGCGGCCAACCCCGCAACAACGACUUCAACAUCCGCCGCCCCCGAUCUCCCCUCCCGCCCCAGCACCCUCAACUCAGUCGUCAACUCCACAGCAUCCAACUACUCGCCCUACGGCGCCUCGCGCUUCGGUGCCACCAGUCCCUAUGGCGGAUAUAGUGGUUAUGGCAGCUACUCGUCGCCGUACUCCCGCUUCGGCUCCAUGGGGUCGAUGUACGGCGGCUAUGGGGGUAUGGGAGGGAUGUAUGGCGGCAUGGGUGGAAUGGGGGGGAUGUACGGCGGCAUGCCUGGGCAGGAUCCCAAUGACCCCAACAGCCUGACCAACUCUUUCAGCCAGAGCACGCAGACCACGUUCCAGAUGAUCGAGAGCAUCGUCGGGGCGUUCGGCGGCUUUGCCCAAAUGCUUGAAAGCACAUAUAUGGCCACGCACAGUUCCUUCUUCGCAAUGGUCUCGGUCGCAGAGCAGUUCGGUAACCUGCGUAACACCCUCGGCUCGGCCCUGGGUAUUUUCACAAUCAUUCGGUGGUUCCGCACCCUGAUCGCCAAACUCACCGGUCGGCCUCCCCCAGCGGAUGCCACAUCCUUGACCCCCGCUGCCUUUGCAGCCUUCAUGGGCGGUCGCUCGGCACCCGCCACCCUUCCCGAUGGCUCGCCGGCUCCGGCCAAACCUUCCAAGAAGCCAUUCUUCAUGUUCCUCGUUGCCGUCUUCGGCCUGCCUUACCUGAUGGGCAAGCUCAUCAAGACCCUGGCCCGUUCUCAAGAGGAAGAGGCUAAGCGCCGGCAGCAACUUGUCGGUCCCAACGGCGAGCCACAGUCCGCAGCCAUGGAUCCAGCCAAGCUGGACUUCUGCCGGGUGCUGUAUGACUAUGCUCCUGAGACCCAGGAGAGCAAUGGCAUCGAUCUGGCCGUGAAGAAGGGCGAUAUUGUCGCCGUUCUCAGCAAGUCCGACCCCAUGGGCAAUGCCUCUGAGUGGUGGCGCUGCCGCGCUCGCGAUGGUCGCGUCGGUUAUUUGCCCGGUCCGUACUUGGAGACUAUCCAACGGCGACCGGUGCAGCAGGCCAUCACGACGGGCAGCGAGCCUGUCACCCGCACGAGCACGAUGAAGGGAGGCGCAGCGAACGACCGCACCCAGAGCCUGUCGUCGAUCUCCAAGCCGGCGGGUGACCAGCCGCCAGCACUUAAGGGCAAGAUGGGCGACAUCACCCCUGAGAGCUUCCAGAAGAGCACCUUCUAUUCCUGA